CCUGCAUCCUCCCGCGCGGCCGCUCGCGCACGCGCAGUUAGCAGUCGCUGCUGGGCGGCUGCCGGCGGGAUCGCUCUGGGGAGACGCCGGGCACCAAGUAGCGGCCAGUCGGACACCUGAGCUGCCGCUGCUGGACACAAGCCCGCAGGACAGAUUUGGGUAACCACUACCAGAUUCCAAUAUUGGACAUUUCAUCGCCCUCAAAGGAUAAGCCUCUAGCUCUCUCCCUGAGCCCUGACUAGCUGGUCUCUCAUCUGUUCUCCAGCUCUGUAGGUUUUCUGGCUUCUUUAAAGUGAAAUGAGAGUCGAUAUGCGUUUCCAGGGUGUUGGACUAUGUUUGGGUCUCCUGUUCAUCACGGUCAAUGCGGACUUUAUGGAUGAUGGUGUUGAGGUGGAAGACUUCAGUGAAAAUUCAGACGAGAGUAAUAUUAAAGAUGAACCUUCCUCGGGGACUUUUAAGUAUAAGACACCUCAACCUAUAGGAGAAGUAUAUUUUACAGAAACAUUUGAUAGUGGAAAUCUGGCUGGGUGGGUCUUAUCAAAAGCAAAGAAGGAUGAUAUGGAUUCAGAAAUUGCUAUAUAUGAUGGAAGAUGGGAAAUAGAAGAACUGAAGGAAAACCAGGUGCCUGGCGACAGAGGGCUGGUUCUGAAGUCUAAAGCCAAGCACCACGCAAUAGCCGCUGUCCUCGAAAAACCCUUUAUUUUUGCCGAUAAACCUUUGAUAGUUCAAUAUGAAGUAAAUUUUCAAGAUGGUAUUGAUUGUGGAGGUGCAUACAUUAAACUGCUAGCAGACACUGGUGAUUUGAUUCUGGAAAACUUUUAUGAUAAAACAUCCUAUACCAUCAUGUUUGGACCAGAUAAAUGUGGAGAGGAUUAUAAACUUCAUUUAAUCUUCCGACACAAACAUCCGAAAACUGGAGUUUUUGAAGAAAAGCAUGCCAAGCCUCCAGAUGUCGAUCUGAAGGAGUUCUUUACAGACAGGAAGACUCACCUCUAUACCCUUGUGAUGAAUCCGGAUGAUACAUUUGAAGUAUUAAUUGAUCAGAAAGUUGUGAACCAAGGGACCUUGCUAGAUGAUGUGGUCCCGCCUAUCAACCCACCCAGAGAAAUUGACGACCCCAGUGAUAAAAAGCCAGAGGAGUGGGAUGACAGAGCCAAGAUCCCCGACCCUACCGCCGUCAGGCCAGAGGACUGGGAUGAAAAUGAACCUGCCCAAAUAGAAGACUCAAGUGCUGUUAAACCUGAUGGCUGGCUUGAUGAUGAACCAAAGUUUAUCCCCAAUCCUAAAGCUGAGAAACCUGAGGACUGGAGUGACGACAUGGAUGGAGAAUGGGAGGCACCACAUAUUCCUAAUCCAGCCUGUCAGAUUGGAUGUGGAGAAUGGAAACCUCCCAUGAUCGAUAACCCAAAAUACAAAGGAAUCUGGAGACCACCAAUGAUCAAUAAUCCUAACUACCAGGGACUCUGGAGUCCUCAGAAGAUUCCCAACCCAGAUUACUUUGAGGAUGACCACCCCUUCCUCCUGACUUCUUUCAGUGCGCUGGGCUUAGAGCUUUGGUCCAUGACUCCUGACAUCUACUUUGAUAAUUUUAUCAUCUGUUCAGAAAAGGAGGUGGCCGAUCAGUGGGCUACAGAUGGCUGGGAACUGAAGAUAAUGGUGGCAAAUGCUAAUGAGCCUGGUGUACUCCGACAGCUGGUGAUAGCCGCAGAGGAGCGCCCCUGGCUCUGGCUCAUGUACCUGGUGAUGGCCGGCUUGCCCGUUGCAUUAGUUGCUUCCUUUUGUUGGCCAAGGAAAGUAAAGAAAAAAUAUGAAGACACGGGACCUAAAAAAACUGAAUUAUGCAAACUGCAAAGCAAGGCCGCUCUGGAACAAGAGGCAGAGGAGGAGAAGGCCCCAGAGAAGCCAGAAGAUGUGCAAGAAGAAAAGAAGCCAGGUGAAGCUGAGGUCGUCACCGUGGAAAAGGAAGUAAUUGGUGAACCGGAAGAGAAGAGUAAGGAAGACAGAGAAACUCUAGAAGGUCAAGAGGAAGUGAGCAAGCUGAGUAAAUCUGGAUCAGAGGAUGAGAUGAAGGACGCUGAUGAGAGCCCAGGAUCUGGAGAUGCCCCACUGAAGUCAUUGCGGAAGAGGAGGGUACGGAAGGAUUGAAGCGUCAAGGGUCGCAAAUCCCAGAGAGAGAGAGAGAGAGAUCGGGCAUCUAGAGUCAGGGUGUCCAGAAGGACAGUGACUGCGCAUCUGCACAAACUCUUUCUAAGUAUCUAGCAAUGUUACUCUUUCAGACACUUCUUUCUAUCUUUCUUUUGGGGGGUGGGGGGAAGUAACUUUGAAGUUAACUGGUCUUUGAAUUUAGAAUAAAAGAAAAGUGGCACAUUACAUGAGAGCCAAGAGAUUCGUCUCCUUAGAAGUUACAGCUUAACAGCUGGAAGGAAGGUCGUUUUGGUUUUAUGGAGAAAAAAUAAUGUGCUUUUUGUUCACCUGGUAUUGGAACACCUGCUACUGGGCUCUCAUCUGCAGAAAGGAGCAGGUUAGUUUUAUCCUGAGCUGUAGGUUUGCUCUGUUGUACAGGCUGAAGGUGAUAAGAGUCCGUGAAUGAUCGUUCAAUGCUGUCAGCACUAUAAAGAGUGUGUGAGCGAGCCACACUUCCCUGGCUUGAGUUACACUUUUCUUAAGUCAGUCCACUUAGCUUAGAGAUUCCCUGAAGAGGUGCUGUGUUGGCAGGCGUGUCAACUGAGUGGCUGUUUAAGAGUCACUCACUCCAUCACCGGGAAAUAUGCAAGCAUAGUUUACAAGAUAAUAGGCUUGUCAAAACUAAAUAACGUACACUUUUUUUUUCAAGCUCUUGUAGCCACUUCAUGCCCAGUGGCUUACCUCGUUCACCAAAUUGGGUGCACACUCACUGCUCUUGGAAAUGAAAUUUAAAUAUUUUUCCCAUCUAAAUUAUAUCCUCCGUAUGGCUCAUUAUUGGAAAGGUUUCUUUUAUUGGUGUGGGAUUCUAACGGUUGUAUCCAAUUCUGCCACUAUGUCUUUUUACCAUGCUUUCCUGCUGACAAGGUCACCCUCAGAGCUGCAUCUGAAGUGGGAGCCCAAACAAACUACCUUAUCAGCAGUAUUGCUGUAUUUAAAAUACUUUAUUGAAGAACUUUCUACUCUUAAGUACCAGGUGUCAACCCUUUGAAAGGCCAUUCAAGUCCACCUGAAGACCAGAGGAUGACUUUAGUACUGAGUCCCUAUGGAACUUCUUAUGAGUUGGGGUUUGUUUUGUAAAGAUGCACACCCCACCUUCUGACUCCCUCACAUAGGUACAUUCAGAACUCACACACUGAAAACAAACCCUAGCUUCACCUCCUUAAAGGGGGCUGAGCUGAGCUAAUGGCGUUGUUUGCAUCUUCCAUACUGGCAGAAGGGGAGGGAGUGCUUGCCCUGUGGCCAUGCACUGACGUUGAUAGACUCCUGGUGAACUUGUAACACAGCUAACCAUAACUAGAAUGUACUUAGCAAUAAUAGGGCUUAACAUAGCUUUCAAGGGCUCAUUUUUUUCCUUUGAAUUAGUCACUUGAACUAAUUAUAAAUAAAAAUGUAUCUCAAAAUAAAAAACUAUGCUUCAGAUAUUUAUACCUUGGUAUAAAUCAGGCUUGACCUGGGACUUGUGUUAAAGCUGUUUUAACUCUUGGCUGCAGAUUGACUCUGCAUGGACAUUUGACUAAACUCAGGAGCUUGCAGUGGUAAUGUCUGAGCAACCGAGUUUUAUUUUUAUAGUUUGUCAAUACAAGGGUUUACUCUGUAGCUCAAGCUGACUUGGAACUCCUAGAUAGCCCAGGCUGCACUUAGAUUGAUGCAAUCCUCCUCUAUCAACCCCUCAGUACUGGGACAGCAGGCGUGAGGAGCCAUGCAAACAUCACUACAAACUCCUGGCUGUGGAUGUGCCGUGGCUGACAGGUCACUAAACUAAAACCCUGUGGGGGACACAUGACAUCUAUGCAACUGAAAAGAGUUUUAGUGGCCAAGUGGUUUUUUUUCUUUAUUCUAGUCUGAUUUUAUUUUUUAUAAUUACUUGAAUUUAUCAUUUUCCCUAAUAAAAGAUAAAUAUAUAUGUA